GUGACGUCCUUAAACCUCUUGUCGUCCUUCAUCCUCUACGUUUGACAGUAACAGGUGAGUUUUAUUGAUUCAUUGUUACAUUUGUAAUGAUUCAUUAGUACAUGUAAGGCAUGAACAAAACUCAUUGAACUUCUCAGAGCUGGUCAGGAAAAUCCAUCAUAUACAAAUAGACUGUGGCAUUUACAAUUACACAGAUCAUUCACAUCAUCCUCCAUCAUUUAUAAAUAUAAUAAUAAAUAAAAUAAGACCCAACAUUAAGAUGAUGAGCAACAUGAAUCCAACAACAUCACAAUCACAGUGUUUUCACUCAGAACCUCUCUCUCCAUCAGAUAAAGCCCAGUGUGUCCUCACAGCGUCUCCAUCUUGGCUGAGUCCUGGAGCCUCAGUAGCUCUGAGCUGUGAGGUUGAGCCUCCAUCUGCAGGAUGGAGGUUCUACUGGUACCAGACUGUUCCUGAUGGCUCACACAGCUCCUACAGAUAUGAGCUGCUACCUGGUAGUGAGCAUGGGACUGAACAGGGCUCCUACAUGCUUGAUGGACACACACACACAGCAGGAUAUGUGUGUAGAGCUGCAAGAGGAGAACCAGUGUAUUACACUGACUACAGCAAAGCAGCAUUCGUCUGGUCCGGAGAUGUUGAUCCGUCAGCGUCUCUCACAGUGAGUCCUGACACAGUUCAACACUUCACCCGUGACUCCGUGUCACUGAGCUGUGAGGGAAACUCUACUGAGUGGAGAGUCAGGAGGUUUCCUGAAGGAGGCUUCCUGUCAUCCUGCUCCAACUGGACAACAUCUGGAUCCAGAUGUGACAUCAUCACAUCACAGUCUGGUUCUGCAGUGUUCUGGUGUGAGUCUGGAUCAGGACACUUCAGUAACUCAGUCAACAUCACUGUUCAUGAUGCAGGUUUGAUCCUGAUGAGUCCUGUCCGUCCUGUGACUGAGGGACUCUCUGUGAGUCUGAGCUGUAAGUUGAAGACAGGACAAAAAGCUUCCAGUGUGUUUUUCUAUCACAAUGAGCAACUGAUCCAAAACGACAGCAGAGUAGAGCUGAACAUCUCUGCAGUGUCAAAGUCACAUGAAGGUUUCUACAAGUGUUGGUACCAAGGAACAGAGUCUCCACAGAGCUGGAUGGCAGUGAACGUCUUGAAGUCAAGAAACGGAAACUCUUCAUUUCCUGUGAUGUUGGUUGUUGGACUGGUUUGUGGAGCCGGUCUGCUUCUUCUUCUUCUGCUCCUUUUAUGCCGUUUCAGACGGUCCAAGGGUGAGAUGAUCUUCUUCUCUUACUGGAAUAACUGUAGCAGGGUACAGGAGUUCACAACAAUGCCAACUCAGUCAGGAACCUUAUGGACCUCCAACACAACUCCCAGUGUCAACCAGAAUCAAAACCAGCCUGAGGCUCGUAUCUAUGAAUCUGUGAAUGACUCUGAAAACACUGGAAAAGAUGUUUCAGAUGUCACAUAUUCUGUCAUUGAACUGAAAUCAUUUGAAAAGAACAGAAGGCAGCAUAAACCAGCAGAGAGCUCAGUCUACUCUGACCUGAAGAUACGACCUGCAGAUGUUUGUUCUGUGUCAGACGAUGCUCUGCUCUACGCCCAGGUCAAACACAACAAGGACAGGAGAAAGAGGGUCAAAGGAAAACCUUCUGCUGCAGCCACUGAUGAACCUGUUUUGUCUCAGGUCAAACCUGGAACAUCUUUUGGCUACGAUGCACCCAUUUAGCUGAGUGUGACCACUUAUUCUGCAGAUGUGAUUCAUUAGUAGAACUUAUUUAAAGUAAAGUACAGUAGUUGAAUAACAAAUUGUUAGAUCUCUGAUGAGUCCAUGUUGUUGUUUUCCUUCUAUUCUGUAAAUAAAACCAAAUGUUUACAGUGUAAUUUAUAAACCAAAACACAAACAACCAUUUGCUAUACAAAACAUGAACUGUACAUAUUUUUUAAAUUCAUUAACUGCAGGAUGUUUCAACAACUAUGAGCUAAUUAAUGCACAAUGUUGAGCUUCCCAACAGAAGUGAUGCUGCAGCUUUAAUGCAACAAUCAUUGAUUUACUAAAAUUUUUACUGUGAGCAGUAAGUUUACUGUAACAUCCUCUUUUUUAGUGUUCUUAUAAUGUGUUUAUUAAACUUCAAUAUGAAACUUU